AUGUCCAACUUGUCUCGCAAAAAUCGAUAUCACAAUGCAAAGCUGGUGCUCUGCAUUGACAUCGGCACUACAUUUACAGCGGCAUCGUAUUGCCUGGUACCCCCAACUGACAAAGAAACCAUAAAAUUUCAGGAAAUCAAUCGUUGGCCAAAGCAGAAUCAUCCAGAUGCAAAGGUGCCCUCGAUUAUUUACUACGACAAGGAAGGGAAGCCUCGCCUCCGUGGUGCCGAAAUUGAGGAUGAGGAAUCUAAGAUGGAGGCAGAAAUAUCGGACUGGAGACGGGCGGAAUGGUGGAAGAUGCUACUCCGCCCAUCAUAUUUUUCUUUGCCGGAAGGUUUUUCCGCAGCUGCGUUGCCGCCUCGUGUUACUGUAGAAAAGGCGUUCGAGGAUCAAAUGGCCUAUGUUAUGGAGAACGUACGAAGGUUCAUCAAUACCAUGUACCCUGAUGGCGUAGAUCUUUGGAACACGCUCCAUCAGUCAAUGGUUCUUGUCCUGACGACACCAAAUGGAUGGGAUGGCCUUCAACAGCAUAAAAUGAGAGAGGCCUCUGUAAAGUCUGGAUUGAUAAAGCCUGAGAAACGAAAUUACGUCCGAUUUGUCUCCGAGGGAGAGGCUGCCAUUCAUUACUGCAUAGACAAUACACCAAAAACUUUGUUAAAGAUUGGAUCGACCAUACUAGUAUGCGACAUUGGAGGUGGCACAAUCGACCUCGGAGUUUACAAAUUAGACAAUCUAGAGCCGAUAAGUUUGGCGGAAGUGGGGCCACCGAGCUGCUAUCUCGCGGGCGGAGUAUAUGUCGAUUAUGAGGCAAAAAUAUUCAUUAGAGAUAAACUUUCCGGUUCAAAAUGGGGCACAAACGACGAUAUAGACAAGGCUGCCCAAUGCUUUGAGAAAGGGGUAAAGCGGCUCUUCACUGGAAAAGAAGAUAGUCGUUUCCUCAACCUUAAUGGGAGCAAUGCGUCAGAUGAGUCGAGGGGAAUCGUCCGAGGAAGACUCAAAAUGAAAAGAGCAGAUUUGAUCAAAAUUUUUGAACCUUCAAUCAGGGUAAUCCGUAACGCACUGAUGGAGGCGUUAACCACGUCGACGUCUCGCAUCGAUCAAAUUUUCGUUGUUGGAGGUUUUGCAGAUUCCCCUUACGUAUAUUCUCAAAUCGAGGAAUUUUUCAAAGGCCACAAGAUCCCAGUUUGUAAACCAAAUGAUAUCAUGUCAAAAGCUAUCUCCCAUGGUGGGCUUAGAUGGCACUUCGACUCCGGUGUUCAAGUUAGAAUUGCGAAGCUGCAUUACGGGGCAGAGACGACAGUUCUGUACGAUCCAAAGGAUGCUGAAAUGGUAGGACGAGCCAAAUUUCAAAACUGUCGAGGUGAAUGGCGCGUUAGAAAUGCCUGGAAAACUAUAGUUCCCAAGAAUACCAGAAUAAGAGGCGAAGACGAGCAUAGAGAAAUUUUCCAUAUUGAAUUUGAAGAUCCCUCCGACCUGGAAGUGGAGUUGGAGUUGUUUGCAUAUCGUCUGUUGGAGCCACCUACAUUCCUACGAAACAAAGAUGGCUCACUGGUGGAAGGAAUCAUACACCUUGGAACCGUCAAAGGCAACCUUCGGAGAUGUUACGAGUUUUCAAAACUGAAAGUUUCCAAGGCGGGAAAGCAAUACAAAAUUCUCGAGUAUCAAAUUUGUCUGUACUUUGGCGAUACAGAACUGAAGGCAAAUUUGCGAUGGAAAGAAAAUGGAAAGACCGUGGUUGGCGACGCCAUCAUCUCGUACGAUGUGCAUCUCUGA